AAAACCAGUGAACUGACAAUAAUACCCUUCGGUCGCUCGCCCACCGUUUCCCCCUCCCAAUCUUGAGCACCCACACCCCUGCCAUCCCGCCGCCGUCCUCCUUCACCCGCUCCCUCUCGAUCCCCUCCCACCUCACCUCCUCCUCGCCUCUUGCCGACGUUUCGUCAAGGUUCCGGCGGCGAUGGCGGCGAGGCUCGCGCAGCUGCGGACCAAGGCGGCGCAGGCGGCGGAAUUCGCCUCGAAGCACGGCGGCGCCUACUACAAGGAGGCGAUGGAGAAGAACAAGCAGUACGUCGUGCAGCCUCCCUCCGUGGAGAAGUGCCAGGAGCUCUCCAAACAGCUCUUCUACACGCGCCUCGCGAGUCUACCAGGCCGCUAUGAAGCAUUGUGGAAGGAGGUUGACGGUGUCAAGCAGCUUUGGAAGAACAGGAAGGAGCUCAAGGUGGAGGACCUUGGAAUUGCAACACUGUUUGGGGUUGAGCUUUAUGCAUGGUUCUGCGUAGGCGAGAUUGCAGGCAGAGGAUUCACCUUAACCGGCUAUAAGGUCUGAAUUAGAUGUCGAGGCGCGCCUUAUAAUAUACUCUUAGCUGAUGCUUGUCGAAAUUACCUGUCUUGGUUCACAAUUUUGUUUCUGAAAAGUUUCCAGUGCUGAAUGCCAGCAAGACGAGCACACAAUUGCAACAGUGCCUCAAUAAUUUGCUCGCUCAAUUGCCCAUUAUUUUUUUGUGGUCUGUAACUUGUUCCACUUGACGCCUGCUGCACCACUCUUGUGUUGUCUGGUAUGAAAUGAACCCAUUUCUCGUUGCA